UUUGAAUUGUGAACUACGGAACGUUAGGCACUUUGCGGCUCAUAAGCUCCCAUAGUGAUCACGGUGAUUGGUGAACUGCCAAUGUACUUCUUAAGAAGCAACUCAAUGGAUCUAGUCUUUGUGAUCUGAACUUUUGAGUGUGUUCAGAGCCGAUUUAUACAUAUCUAGUUGUCAGUUCUUUAAUGGCGAUCGCGAGUGACGGUCAGUGAAGGGAAAUUGACAUUAAAUUUAUUAUUUAGAACUUAAGUAGUUACCGUGUUUACAUAAACAUGACCGGAAUUUUACCCACAUACCAGCGAUUUGUAAAUGGAGUCCCCGUACCGUCCAUUUCUCGACGGUCUUUUCGACUUCGAGAGAAAUAUUUAAUCGUUUCUGUACUUUUGACAUUCGCAAUUGUAUGGUUAGGCGCACUUUUCUAUUUGCCAGAGUUCAAAAACUCGUCUAGUGUCAACGACAGUGUAUAUAAUGUGUACAAACGUAUCCAGAAAGCCGGUCCUGAGCUGCUUAUGCCACCGCCUGUUAUGCAUAACGAAGUGGGAGAGUUUGCUGCCGUGGGAAUCGUUCGUCACGGCGAAGAAGGGGAUGAUCCUCAUAUAGUCGAAGACAGAAAUCGUCUUCGUGCUAAGAUUGAAGAGGAUAUGGGUAUGAAAGUGUUGGAAAGGCCACAAUUUGAUGUAGCACCGUCCGCAUCGUCUUCCCGAGGUCCCAGCAAAGCCCCAGUGGAUGCUAUAGAGGAGCCUGCAGUAGAUAACAAUCCUGGUAAUAAAAAUGCAUCACCUGAAGGUCUCAAGGAACUGGAAGGUGCAGAAAAUAAAUAUGUACCUGUUCCUUUGAAGCCAAAUGCAGAUCCUGAGCUGAAGAAAAAAGUGGAUACUGUGAGAGAGAUGAUGCGUCACGCGUGGAACAACUACAAGCUAUACGCGUGGGGUAAGAAUGAACUGAAGCCGAUAUCGAAGCGCGCGCACUUGUCGAGUGUGUUCGGCGCGGGAGACCUCGGCGUGUCCAUCGUCGACGGUCUGGACACCCUGUACCUCAUGGGCCUUACUGAUGAGUUCAAAGAAGGACGGGACUGGGUCGCUGAACAUCUACACUUCACUGAUAUAGACUCUGAUCUGUCAGUAUUCGAGACUACGAUCCGAUUCGUCGGCGGUCUGCUGUCGUGCUACGCGCUCACUGGCGACGUGGUGUUCAGGGACAAGGCUGCCGAGGUGGCGGAUGCUCUGCUACCUGCCUUUGACACACCUACUGGACUACCAUUCUCACUCAUCAACCCCUCCACUAAGGCUAGCAGACAGUAUCAUUGGGCGGGACCCAACAGUAUACUUUCAGAGAUCGGGACUUUGCACAUGGAGUUUUCUUAUCUCAGUGACGUUACCGGUCGUGAUGUUUACAGAAAGAAGGUGGAUCGUAUCCGAGAGGCGCUGUACAACAUCGAGAAGCCUGGCGACCUCUACCCGAACUACAUCAACCCUCGCACCGGACAGUGGGGACAGAGGCACAUGUCGCUGGGCGCGCUCGGCGACUCCUUCUACGAGUACCUGCUGAAGGCGUGGCUGGUGUCGGGGCGCGCGGACGAGCAGGCGCGCGAGAUGUUCGACGUGGCGAUGCAAGCCGCGCUCGACAAGAUGCUGCGCGUCUCGCCCAAUGGACUCUCCUACCUCGCGGAACUUAAAUACGGUCGAGUUUUGGAGGAAAAGAUGGAUCAUUUGUCCUGCUUUGCUGUACUAUCGACCUUCGAGAGCUACUUCAUCAUGUGGCGGCUCACCAAGGACCAGAAGUACCGCGACUGGGGCUGGGAGGCGGUGCAGGCGCUGGAGAAGCACUGCCGCGUGGAGGGCGGCUACACGGGGCUCAUGAACGUGUACCACAAGAAGCCGCAGGGCGACGACGUGCAGCAGAGCUACUUCCUCGCUGAGACACUCAAGUACUUAUACCUGCUGUUCUCCGACGACACGAUGAUCCCUCUAGACGAGUGGGUGUUUAACACGGAGGCCCAUCCCCUGCCUGUGAAGGGUAAGAACCCUCUGUACCGAGCUGCGGACAAACCGGAACACGUCAAGGAUGAAAAUCAAAUAUAAACGAUGACGUCACUGUGACAUUCUGACACUGCCCUGUAUAUAUGUGGGUAUGUCCGCAGUGUGAAGUAAUUUAACAGUUAUUUUGUAAUUCCCAUCACAAUUAAUAUAAUCCUCUCUGAAUUUGUGUUGCAUUUAUCGAAACUUAAUUUUUACAUAGAAUUGAUCUUAACUUUAAAGUAGUUUUUGUAUAGAUUGGAAAUUAUGUCCUUUUUAGCGAUUUUAGAAUGUAUCUGCAUAUUUGGUGAUGAAUAAACAUUUUAUAGCAACAAAGUGAUAUUAUAGUUAUUAAUUUUAAACAAAAAAGCUUUGUAAAUUAUAUCAAAGUAUGUUUUCUUUAUAGUUUUAGUUACAUAUGAUAUGUAAAAACUAUAUGUAACUUGGACACUUCUAACCUGUUUGUAAUUCUAUUUAUUAAUUUCUAUAAAAGUUUAAAUUUUUACAAUCACCAUAAUAUAAGUUGUACUUUUUUGUAUACUUGUGUGUCAAUUAAAGUACAUUUGU